AGCGUUUACAUAACCCGGCAACGCUUUCGGUUAUCCAUCUAUUGUUAAUGCUAAGGUUCUCUUAAUAUCUAAGGGUAGACAGAUAUUAAAAUGGAUUGGAACUUUAAACCUUUGUUAAAUUUCUAAAAUAAUGAAGGCUCGUUAUUUUUUCUUAUUUAUUUCUAAAAUACUUAGUAACUAGCUUAAAUUCGCAAAAAAACUAGAAAUUGUUAAUAGACAUGCUUUCUUAACCCAGAUACUCCCGCUGGCCUUUUAAAUGGACGCUGGAAUAUCGUUUUGUUUUCGCAAAGUUAGACCAUUCUUAAAGAGGGGGCGCUACUAACACUGUUUUGUUUAUGAAUGCACCAGUUAAUUUUGACAUUCGCUUAAAUAUUUAUUGUUGUUUAUUUGGUAACGGAGGCAAGUCUUUUUCGCUAUUUUUUUUAGUCGAUAAUGGACAACAUCUGGUACUGGAAAAAACCAUUAACUUUAAAUGAAUUAUUAGAACAGGUUGAGAACAUUGAUAACGAAAUUCCCUCUCCGGAUGCGAUUCUGAUUCUGCCACUAACAAAUGCUAAUGGCUAUGUGACAGACGAGGACGAUGACCAGGUCACAAUGAACAAUCUUCCCGGUAGUUUGCUUAAUUCUGAGGCUGAACCUGUUUUCAAAGCAACCAGUUACGCAAUCGAUGACAAUGAGGAUAACUUAGAUGAUAGUGAUGAUGAUGUGCCUCUAUCUCGUUUUAUGAAAUAUAAGAAAAAGUGUAGGAAUAAUGACUGGGUUCGACAGGACAUUACAGAUACUUUACCGAUCUGA